CUGCAAUUUUCAAGAAUUACACACGCGCGGAUAUUUUUCGGCUCGUCCUAAGAAACAUCAAAUUGCAACGCAAAGAGUAGCUUAAAAUCGCGAAUUGACCUUACGCACGCUUAAUAGUAAAAAUAAAUAGUUUACAUCGUACACGAUUCUCAUUUAUCGGCACAACUGGUGCGAUAGCGACAACAAUAGCAGGCCGAGUGCAGCAGUACGAUUGCAGCGAAGCGAAGGAAAAAACCAAAGAAGUUAUUAGUUUCGGAGUGGUGCUCUGAAAGCGGCUUAAAAACACAAAUAAACCAUAUACUUCGUUAAAGUUAUGGCAGCCUGGAAGGGCUAACAAAAAACUAUACGGGAAGGGAGUUUUCGGCCCCGCGUAAGAACAGCAACAACAACAGACACUGGAAGAACAAGACUGCGACGGCCACUCCUUUUGUGUCCGACUUCGAGAUGUGUGCGUGUUCGUGUCCGCGUCCGCCUUUGUGUGUUGAGCAAUUGAAAACUGGUGAUUGCUGAAUAAAUUAAGGUAGCUAAAUUAAUAAUUAGCAAAGCAAGUGGGGCCAAUAAAAAGUGAAAAUCUUCUGCGUUUUCGUAAAGCGAAAGAAACUACAGCUACAGUUAGAGAUAAGAAGAGCUCUCGCACACAUACACAAAGCGCAGGCCGAACGAGCGAGUGUGCGUGCUUGUGCAUGUGUUUAUGACUCACGGCUGGUUCAGUGAGAGAGAGAAAGAGAGCGAGAGUGGUGGCUUGAGUAACAGUAACAUUAACAAUACCGAACGCAAAACAACAACAAAUCCGCCGAGCGUUUAGAAUUUCCCAAGUCGAGCGUAACUAAACGCAUUGAAGAAAAUCCCCCCGCACACACACACACUCUUAUACAAUAAAGAGAGAGAAAGCCGCUGAAAAAUGAGCUUCACCAAGUGGUUCAAGAAGAAGGGCGGAGAUGGGGGAUCGAUCUCCGAGAUCGGUGCACCCACAAACUUCCAACGGCACUUCCAUGUCUCGCGUAACCAGGAAACCGGCGACCUGGAGGGGCUUCCAGCUCCAUGGGUGCGCCUAAUGAACUCACAGAUCACUCGCGAUGAGCAGGACAAGAAUCCAGAUGCUGCCUACCAUGCCGUUAAGUACUACAACUAUUCGAUUAAGAAGAAAGAGAACGAGGUCUUCAAGCCCUUCAUCACCGAAGAUGUGAUCCACGAGGAGUCCAAGGAGAUAGAGAAUUAUGUCAACUACAAAAACAAGCACAAAUCUCAGGAUCCCGAAAAGUCCGACGACGAUGGCAGUUCGACGGCCACGGAGACGGAAAGCAGCAGCGGUUGUGGCUCCUCGGCAGGUAAUAGCAACAGCAGCAGCAUCAACGACAGCAGCCAGCAGUCGACGGUGCCGCUGGACGCCCUAGAGGAAGUGUUCAAGGAGCUCAAGACCAAUCUGGAGCACCGCGAAACGCUGAAGGCCGUGCCGCAAGAGCCUCCACCAGUACCGCCCAAGAAAUCGCCCCACACCAUACCGCCCAAACCGCUAAUCAAGCCCAAGCCUCGUGUAACACAGAAGUUCUCACGCACUUCGGAUAUACGUCGAGAUGAGGACUCCGACAACCAGCACAAGGUCAACACGGACACAAUCAUCAUCAAGCCAGCCGGCGGUGCCCAGGAUGCGGAUGAUAAUCCCGACGAGACGAUACUGCGCCGCUCCAAGGAGAAGAGGGCCCAGAAAACUGAUGCCGAGAUCUACGUUGAGCUGCGGGCAAUUUGCAAUUCAGAUGACCCAAGGGAACGCUACAAGACCACUCAGGAGGUGGGCAAAGGAGCUUCUGGCAUAGUUUUCAUAGCCGCCGAUCUACAGAACGAAUCGCAGGUGGCCGUCAAGACCAUCGAUAUGAAGAACCAGUCCUCAAAGGAUCUCAUACUCACAGAAAUUCGUGUGCUUAAGGACUUCAACCACAAGAAUCUGGUGAACUUCCUGGAUGCCUACCUUCUGGAGCCCGAGGACCAACUGUGGGUAGUCAUGGAGUACAUGGAUGGCGGCCCAUUGACUGACGUCGUUACCGAGACUGUGAUGAAGGAGCGCCAGAUUGCCUGCGUCUGCCGCGAGACGCUCUACGCUAUUAGUUUUCUGCAUGCUAAGGGCAUUAUCCACCGGGACAUCAAGUCAGACAACGUACUGCUGGGCAUGGAUGGCAGUGUUAAGGUGACGGACUUUGGGUUCUGCGCCAACAUCGAGGGCGAUGAGAAGCGCCAGACAAUGGUCGGAACGCCGUACUGGAUGGCGCCCGAAGUGGUCACGCGCAAGAAGUACGGCAAGAAGGUGGACAUCUGGUCUAUCGGCAUCAUGGCCAUCGAGAUGAUCGAGGGCCAGCCACCCUACCUAUACGAGACUCCGCUCCGCGCCCUCUACCUGAUCGCCGCCAACGGUCGGCCGGACAUAAAGAGCUGGGAUAAGCUGAGUCCCAACCUCCAAGACUUUCUCGAUCGCUGCCUCCAGGUGGAGGUGGACCGAAGGGCCACCGCCGACGAGUUGCUCAGCCAUCCGUUCCUCAACGAUUGCAGCGAGGUCAAGGCCCUCGUGCCCAACAUCAAGGCGGCCAAGAAAGUGCUCCGACGCAACGUAUAGUUGCUAUGCAAUCACCGGACGGCCAGGCUGCUCUACGCGUGAUCGGAAGCGGAAUCGGGAUCGGGUUCGGGAUCUGCCCCGUGUGUAUAAUGAGUUUUCAAUGUAAAUUUGUUUUGUGUGGACGAAACCGGAAAUGGAACUGGAAUAGAAUGCUGCUGACCGUAGUCUUUGUAGUGUGUACAACCGUAGAAAUGGCGAGAGCAGGACUAGGACCCGGCAACUCCCCUUCGAAAACAGCACCAGUCAGCGAGGGCAGAGAGAUGAGCAGAGACCGGAAAACUCGUAGGAAACCGUUGCCAAACCGUGGAUCCAUAUCGCAUCGCUCGAGCAGUUCAUCGAUGGCAGGGGGGCGGGGUUAUCGCUUAGAUUAGAUUGUCCUAUGGCAAAUUAGCUUACUUCAACAACGCACACAAACACGCACAUAUGAUAUACAUAGAUACUGUAUUAUUAAAUGUAGGGACAUAAGUUUGAUUACUCUUUAUAUACCCGUAUAUAUACAUAAUUGUGAUUUAAGCGAUUUUAUCAAAUCAGCAUUAUGCGACUCUUUAUAAAAUUCGUCGUAGUCAGUAAGUUCAAAACGAACCCUAACAGAGAACAUGCAAUACUUGUUGUAAAUUACCAAAAAACAAAAAAAAAACGAAGGCGAUAAAUAUAGCAAGUCGAAAUGAGUGUAACAAGUGCCAUUAGGACUAGAGCUAGCAGCAGCAAGCGACACACCAGCAACAGCAAGAUUAUCUCCACAAUUUAUGCAUUUCCCAUAGAAUACAGAUAUCAAUGCAACAGAUAACUAAUUAGAGACAGCUAGCCAGAGCUUGUAUGUAUAUUAGCUGAUAUUCGCAGUGUGGACGGGAUUGAGGGAUAAAUGUUUUAUAUUCCAUUUUAAUUAGUACAAACGUAAGACUAACCAAGCGCCACAAAAGAACAGAUUAAAGUAGUUCCCUCCCUUCCCUCCCAGGCCCCUAUCACAAUAGAGAUGUUAUUUAACGCCGUAAUGUGUGUGUCAAAGCUAAAGUGAAAUAUUGAAACGAAGAAUGUCCCUAGAGGGAUAAUAUACAUAGAUCAUAUAGAAGUGGUAUACGUACACUAAACCUAGUCCCAACGGGAAUCAUAAGCAAUGCCAAUUGGCGAAGGGAAUAUAUUGAAGAAGAACAUGGUUUUAACUAACUAUUUUUCCAUUAUCCUCUUAGUUCGAUAUUUUAUGCUAUUUCCCACCACCACAAGAUCUAUUCGGAAAGUAAUCUGUGGCUAGUCGCCAGAUAUACUUUAAUAAAUCACAACGAAGGCGAAUGAAAAAAGGAGUGCAUUCAAGGCUCUUCCGCCAGCCGGUGUUAGCUUUCUUUAUCUGUUAUAUAUACACUUACCGAUAGGGAUUAUAUUUUACUUGCAAUUUUGAUAUUAAUAGGGAAAAUGGAUUGCUGCUGCUGCAGAUCGGUUCAUAGUUAAAUUUUAUAUACGAAAUGAUAUCCCAAUAUUUGGCCUACAAUUAUGCAUUCAUAAUUUUUAAAGAGCUUAAUUAUUAAUCGAAAAUAUACUUGAUUUUCUUAGUUUAGCUUAAAUGAGUAUUAGGCAAGGCAACGAACGGAUAGUAUUUAGGGGCAGUAGAAACGGGGUUAGAUGGCCUUUUUGAAAACCGAAACAUACCCGACAUUACAUAUUCGCAAACGCAUUUAAGACGAACGCAAAACUUGCAAUUAAAAACGUAAAUGUAAAAUGGAACUUAAGUCUUGAAACCAAACAAAGAACAACAAAAAGUAGCAUAAUUUUUUAUACGCAACUUUUAUUGCAAAUGUAAAGGGACGAAUAGGAGAAAGAAGAAGCUGACAUCAAUUUUGAUCGAUUCGUAAUUAUAUUAGUAUACACUAAAAGAAUUGGCUCUAUUUCAAAUAAACUUAAACGUAGAUAAAAUACAAAAUGCAUAUUAUUUUGCAAGGUCAACACGACUUGCCAAAAUAAACGUAAACAGUAUAAAAAAUAAAAAGAUCUAGAUAUUUAGAGAAGCGGAGAAACAAUAACGAUACAUUAGCGCUUUACCAAUCGCUUAAAUUCAAAGAGCAAACCCCACUAUACGUUUUAUGUUCUAUGUGCGCACGUUUAGUUUUUUUGAAACCUAAGUCGUAAUCUAUAUUCUACCAUUAUUUAGAUUUAUUUUGCAAUUUACCACUUAAGUCAACCUUAUACACAGACCCAAAUCCAUUUAGUACUCGUAGUACACAUCCACUUCGAUCGUUGAAGAUGGCCCUCACAAUUGUAUGUAUUUAGUUUACCUUGCACUGUAAUUUUUAUUUUGUGUUGUUAAAUAUAUCGUUAUUUACUUAUUCGACCAAA